CCGAAAGAUAAAAUGUAACGGGUGUUUUUGUCAGGUGUAGCUUCUAUGUUUAACUAAGGACCGCGUACCUUAAAUAAGAUAAAUUGCAAUGUGUAUUAAUUAGCGUAAUGUACAAUGUCAAAAUUGUUUUUAAUGUAAAAUAGUAUGAGCGUUAUUUAAUAAGUACAGAGUGCAGGUGACGCUGACCAAUUUACCAUAAGAGAAGAUCAUCUUUAGUUUCAAUAAUAUUGAUAAUUCAUUGCAUUUAUAUCUUGAAUUUCGCGCGUUUGUCAGCGUUCACAGGUUGUAACAGCCUCUCAAGGUCUAUAUUUAACAGACCCGGUGGCCAUACAAGGUCGUGGCUGUCCAGAGCAAUCUGCAGAGUGGCAGCAUUAUUUUUGUUCCUGUCGGCUGCCUCAUCCCCACCGCAGUGCCAUUCUCACUCGCUUCUCAUUUUUGGAGUCUUACAACUUUUCCUCCAACUUUGAUUUUGCUGUGAACGGAGAGAGAAAGGAGUUUCUUCGUCUGAUCAUAAAGCACACUCAGGAUGUCGGGAUCCUUAAAAGUACAAAAGGAGCAGGAGAAACGGGACCUCGAGACGCACUUUGAGAGCAGCUAUCAUCACAGCUCCUUGUCAUCUGUUAGCAGCCAUUCUUACGCUGCUUAUGUGAGCAGCCAUGGGGUCAACACAUCAACUAAGAAGAAAGAGAAGAAAAUAAGUGCAGUCUCCAAAAAAGACAAGCGAGCUCAUCUGGCAGUGGACAAAGAAAACGGGGUCAUUGGAUACGUUAUACCGGUCUUUAGAACCAGUCAUUUAGCCACCCAAGAGCUGAUGGAGAGCCAGGAGGAGGUGAAGGAAGAGGGUGUGGGGUAUGUUGUCAUGAGAAACCUGUUCUCCAGGGAUACCGACUUCAAGAUGAGGGUUCAUAAGAAGACCAGGGAGACCAGUAUGAGAGAGUCUGCCGAUCGCAUGACUCUGAGCAGAAAGAUCCACGAGAAAGAUGAAUUCCAGAAGAAGAUGAAUGUAGACAGUUUGACUCACCCACCGGAGUUCAUUGUGAAACCACGUGGCCAGACCGUGUGGGAGGGAAAGAGUGUGACCCUGCACUGCACCGUGGCUGGAUGGCCCAAACCCCGUGUGGCCUGGUACAAAAACAAUGUUGUUAUCGAUGCAAAAGCUCACUCUGAGAAAUACGUCACAGAGAGCCAAUACAACAUGCAUUCUCUGGAAAUCAAGAACUGUAAUUUCAAUGACACUGCUGAGUAUCGGAUCUCUGCUCUCAAUGUGAAGGGAGAAAGUUCUGCUUUUGCCUCUGUCAUUAUCAAAAGGUUCAAGGAUGAAAAGGAGGUGAUUGAAAGGCCUCAUGGUUUCAGUCCUGAGUAUGGAGUCACCUUUCUCACUACCAUCAUUGACAAGUUUGCCGUUUCAUUUGGACGCGAGGGAGAGACUAUGAGUUUGGGCUGUACUGUCAUUGUCUACCCCAAUGUCAAACGCUACCAGCCAGAAAUCGUGUGGUCCAGAAAUGGUGUCGCCUUGUCACCUUCUAAGUGGGUAACCAUGCAUUGGAGUGGAGAGCGGGCAACUUUGACUCUUGUGCACCUCAACAAAGAAGAUGAGGGUCUCUACACCCUGCGUGUCAACACCAAGUCAGGCUUCGACUCCCACUCUUGCUAUGUUUUUGUUAGAGAUGCUGAUGUGGAGGAGGAGGGGGUCCCUGUUGCUCCUCUUGAUGUGCGUUGCUAUGACGCUAAUAAAGAUUAUGUGGUCGUCACCUGGAAGCAGCCAGCGGUGGAGGGCAGCAGUUCCAUCAUGGGCUAUUACAUUGACAGGUGUGAGGUUGGCACUCAUCACUGGGCCCAGUGUAAUGACACUCCAGUCAAAUACGCCCGCUUUCCUGUCACCGGGCUUAUUGAGGGUCGCUCUUACACAUUUAGAGUGCGAGCCUUUAAUACAGCAGGCGUGAGCCGGCCGUCCCGUCCCUCUGACCCCGUAGCUGCAGUGGACCCUGCAGAUCGUGCUCGUCUCAGAGCCGGUCCCUCUGCUCCAUGGACUGGAAUGAUCAAAUUUACCGAGGAAGACCCUACAGUUGGGGUAGUCCCUGGUCCAACCUCUGACCUGGCUGUCACUGAAGCUACCAAAAGUUACGUGGUGUUGAGCUGGAAGCCCCCUGUGCAGAGAGGCCAUGAGGGUGUCAUGUAUUAUGUGGAGAAGUGUUUGGUGGACACUGACACAUGGCAGAGGGUAAACCCCGGGAUGCCAGUGAAAUCUCCCCGCUAUGCCCUCUUUGACCUUGCUGAGGGUAAAUCCUACAGCUUCCGUGUUCGCAGCUGCAACUCUGCUGGUGUUGGGGAGCCGUCGGAAGAAACUGGGGCGACCACCGUGGGAGACAGAUUGGACCUGCCGUCUAUUCCAGGUCCUAUCGUUCCCAUCAGAAGCACUGACAGUUCUGUGGUUGUGACCUGGGGGGCAUCCAAAGAGGUGAAGAAUCUGGUGGGUUAUUAUAUUGAGGUUAGCGCCAAUGGCAGCGGUGUUUGGGUUCCCUGCAACAACAAGCCCGUCAAAGGCACAAGGUUUGAAUGCCACGGGCUGAACGGUGGAGACAAAUGUGUGUUUAGGGUGAAGGCUGUGAACGCUGCUGGAUACAGUCAAAGCACUGCGGAUUCUGAGGUCUGCAUUGUGCAGGCAGCAAUUGCCACCUCGAGCGCUCCCACCGGUGUCACCCUGCUGGAGAGUGUUCGUGACUACAUGGUGCUGGGCUGGACCGCUCCUGCUAACAACGGAGGAGCAGAUAUCAGAGGUUACUAUCUGGACUACAGGACAGUUAAAGAUGGAGUCACAAGCAAGUGGAAUGAGCUCAACAACAAGGCAGUCACUGACACAUCUUAUAAGGUGACGGACUUGAAAGAAAACACUUUCUAUCAGUUCCAGGUGCGUGCAGUUAACCAGAGUGGUGUUGGUGAAGCUUCCACACCUGGUGUCCCCUUGGAAUGCAAGGAAUGGACUGUUGCUGUUCCAGGUCCUCCUCAGGGCCUGCGUGUCCUCGAGGUGCGUAAGAACUCAUUGGUGCUUCUGUGGGAACCACCAACGUUCAACGGCCGCAGUCCUGUAACUGGGUAUUAUGUGGACUUUAAAGAGGAGGAUGGCAGAUGGAGAUGUGUCCAAGAGAGGUCCACAAAAGAGACUUUUAUGAAGGUGACUGGUCUUCAAGAGGGUGUUUCCUACAGGUUGCGUGUUCACGCUAAAAAUCUGGCAGGUGUCGGUGGACCCUCAGAGUCAACUGAUGCUGUUUUGGCUCAGACUCGAACUGGAACCAAUGAGAUUGUUGUGGAUGUGGAUGAUGACGGUGUGAUCUCUCUGAACUUUGAGUGCUCCGACCUUAAAGAAAGCUCUCAGUUUAUGUGGUCUAAAAAUUAUAAGGCCUUCACCGACACUUCUCGUCUUACCAUUGAGACUGUCGGGGGCAAGUCAAGAGCCAUCUUCAAUGAUCCAUCAGUGGAGGACCUGGGCAUUUACUCUUGUGUGGUAACAAACACUGAAGGUUUCUCGGCCAGCUACGAGCUAACUGAGGAAGGACUUAAGCGUUUGUUGGAGAUCAGCCAUGACAACAAGUUCCCCAUAAUUCCCUUCAAAACUGAAAUGUCCAUUGAGCUUCAGGAGAAAGGACGUGUGCGUUUCUGGGCCCAAGUUGGCAAGUUCACUUCUAACUGCCAAGUGGAGAAUGUUUUCAAUGAUAAUAUCAUCUCUCAAGGAAAGAAGUACACGAUGAACUUUGACAAGAGCACUGGGAUCAUUGAAUUGUUCAUGGACUCAUUGGAAGUUACUGAUGAAGGAACCUUCACGUUCAACCUCGUUGAUGGCAAAGCAACCGGUCGCACCAGCUUAGUCCUUAUCGGAGAAGAGUUUGCAGAACUUCAAAAGAAGUCUGAGUUUGAGAGAGCAGAGUGGGUCAGAAGGCAAGGUCCUCAUUUCGUUGAGUAUCUCAGUUUCGAGGUCACCCCGGAGUGUGACGUGCAUCUGAAGUGCAAGGUUGGAAACAUCAAACCUGCCACCGAGAUUGCCUGGUUUAAGGACGGAAUUGAGAUUGAAGAGGAUGAUGAGGAUGCGAAGAAGAUCGGAAAAUCUGCUGAGGAUUUGAUCUUUGACAUUGGCAAGCUUGUUAUUAAGAGCGAAAAAGAAAAAGAGAAAGAAGGGAAAAUGAAACCCGCCACCGAAGAAAUCCCAAGCAAGCCAAAAAUUUCAAAGAAAGAUGCAGGAAUAUAUGAAGUCAAACUGAAGGACGAAAGAGGAAAAGACACGACUUUGCUGAAUCUGACAGAAGCAGGUUAUCAGGCAGUGCUGAACGAAGUGUUUAGAGUUAUCGCCAACUCCUCAACUGAGCUCAAGGUUAUGAGCACGGAGCAUGGAAUCAUUCUGUACUCCUUUGUUGUGCACCACAUUGAAGAUCUCCGUGUUGGCUGGCUUAACAAAGAAACAAAGAUCUCCCACUCAGAAAGAGUUCAAAGUGGAGUCACUGGAGAACAGCUGUGGCUUAAAAUUAAUGAGCCCACAGAGAAGGAUAAGGGCAAAUAUGCUAUUGAUAUCUUCGAUGGCAAAGGCAGUGUCAAAAGGGUCCUUGACCUCUCAGGACAAGUAUGGGAGGAGGCGUUUGAAGAAUUCAAGAGGCUGAAGGCGGCAGCCAUAGCCGAGAGAAACCGUGCCCGUGUGGUGGGCGGCCUGCCAGAUGUUGUGACCAUUCAGGAGGGCAAGUCACUGAACCUUACUGGCAACGUAUGGGGUGAUCCUGUUCCUGAGGUCAGCUGGAUAAAGAACGACAGGCAGCUGGUGGGUGAUGAGCGCUAUGCGCUGAAGUUCGAGCACGGCAAGUUUGCCAGCAUCACCAUCGCUGCUGUCAGCACAGGCGAUUCUGGGAAAUACGCCCUGCUGGUGAAGAACAAGUACGGCACAGAGGCAGGAGAGUUUACUGUCAGCGUCUACAUCCCAGAGGACGAAGCGGUGAAGAAGGAGUAAAGAUCGAGUUGAUCAGUAUAUAUUUCAAUGCGUUUUUAUUCAAAGCAUGCCCAGACAGUAUAAUAUUUUUCAUAUAUGGGAAAUCCAUGUAUCUUUCUUAUCAAAAACCAAAAGCAAAAAUUUGUGGAGUGCGUCUGUUAGGCCUGAUUUUUAUUGUAAGCCAGCAAUUUACAAUCCCAGGGUAAACUAUGAGACAGGAUAAACCAGGAUUGUUAAAACAAUACUAAGUAUUUAGACCCUAAAUACUAAGUACUUUAUAGCAACUAAGGAUACAGGCCUUUUACUGUGCUGGUUUUAAUCACAAUGGACCCAGAGGUAACAAUAAUACUUUGGAACAGUGAUAUUAACAAGUGAGAUGGACAUGAUUUGAAUUAAAAAGCUUUGAGUGUUGAUUUAUUUAUAAACAUAAACCGGAAGCAGUGCAAGCAAAAAAAAAUGUACCUCUGCUGUUGUCUUGUUUUAAUUAAACUUAUGUGGUGUUAACCUACUGCUCUGAUACAAUGUAUCAUAUGAUAUCAUAAAAGUGACAUCAAAUUCUGCUUUAAAGGAAGAUUACAAAACCUCAAAGUUGAAAAUGAGGUCUGUAAAAAUAGCUCAACUAGUUCAUAUCUGCAUCAUCGUGUUUUUAGUUUCAUGUUUAAUGCCUGCAUGGCUUGAUGCAUUUGUGUCUUUAAAUGUUGUAAACAUUAAACAUACCAUUAGAAAGAUGCAAGGCAGAAGACGCAUGUGAGACCGAUGCCACGCAAGACUGUUGUUGUGUUACGCAAUUGUUUUGUGAUGUGUUAUCAGUUGACAAAGAUGCUAAUCUGAAAAAAACAAUCGUCAGUGCUAUGCAAUAAAAUGAAACCACUACAAUUAAGAAAAUGUGUUUACUUGAAAACCCGUCAAGCGUGGAUCA